GUCGAAUAAAUUAGAUAGAUACCAGGCUGGGUUAUUCUCCAACUUUCUAACGUUGUAACCAACUGUUGGCCGUCCUUUCAACUUACAAAAUUUGUUGUAUUCUUGGUAUACAUCCUUAAGCAGAUUCUCAACAAGGUCGCAAGCUUCCGAAUACUUUUCGUAGUACUUAGAACUAAUACACAAGUGCAAAGGUUCCGGGCUCUCGCAGUUGUUUGGGCCUUCUUUGAAACCUGAUCCUUGACCUCUUAGUCUAAGUUUGGUGACAUCCUGGAUUGGUCCUUUGAAAUUGUUUUUCUUGAGUUUUCCCAAAAUUGAUUUCAUGUUCUUGCCUCUAUGACCAAUAAUCUUCCUUGCAACACAGAAUCCUGGAAGAUUUCUUAUUGGAAUUUCAUUCUUAGCUGUGAACUUAGACACAGAAGUACAUUCCUUACUAAUGUUUGGUUCUAUCGAAGCUUGAGGAGUACAUGACUCCUCAAUAGUUUUAGAAGAAGAGUUUGAACUAAUUAAGGUUCCAUCUUCUUUUGCAUACUUUUCUUUUUGCACCACUAACUCUUGAUCUGAUUUUUUCUUUGAGAUUUUAUUUCGGAACUACUUCUCUCCUUAACCAUUGACUUCUUUUGUUUAGCAAUUUUUUGAAAUUCUUUUCAAUCUCCAAACAGCCAUUUGACAGUUAGAUAAGCAUCAGCUCCAGGGAGCUCGUAGAAGUUGAGAUAUUUUUCAGCUUCUUGACCUUUCUGUAGAUCUUCCAUCGUUACAACAGCUUGAUUUCAACUUUCUACAAUCUCAACUUUAACUACAUCUCCGAAUUUUUUUGAAAACUUGUUUGACAUCAUUUGGAUCAAGCUCAUAUUUAACACCCUCUUUCUUUGACACAACUUCUACAAUCAGAGUUGGGUUUUCCUGUAGGACAUCGUCUUCAAAAUUCAGUUUAAUUGGAAUGAUAUCUUUCACUCUUCCAGAUUGAGGCUUCUGGAUCUGCACCUUAGACCCGCUUCCAUCCUUGGAUGAAGAAUCAGUGAUUCCUGAGCUACUGCCUCAAGUGCUGCCAUGUGAUCUGUUUAGCGGACUUAGACCCUGCUUCACAACUUUAGUCUGGCUAUCAUGACUGUUAUGACGAGAAUGGGUCACUUUGGAAGGAUAAAACACCCCCCUGACUUCUUCGCCUUCAACAUAUUACUGCUCAGAGCCUCUUUAA